ACACCACAAUCAACUGCCCCACCACACACACGCACGCACGCACACAUCAAGCGCAGCUGAUCCACCAGUCGGUCGAUCCGACAUCUAGCUAGCCAUGGCCGCCGGGAGGAAGGUGAUGAGCAACUCCUCCGGUGUUGCCGCCGCGCUGGUGGUGGCGCUGCUGUUGGUUGCCGCGGCGUCGGGCGCGGCCGGGGCCCGUGUGUGCAACGUGGACACGAACAGCCUGGUGAGCAACUGCAGGUCCUACUGCACGGUGGGCAGCACGGAGGCCAGCCCCAGCGGCGCGUGCUGCGCGGCGGUGCGCGGCGGUGACUUCCACUGCCUCUGCAAGUACAAGAGUGUGCUGCCCAAGGACAUCGACGGCAACCGCGCCAUGCAGAUCCCCGGAAAGUGCGGCUACGGGGCGGUCAACUGCUAGUCGCGCACUACCAGCAGCUCCAUUCGCGCCGGUGUGGUCUGCCGGUCGCCGGUUACACGAGUACUGUAGAUCAUAACGUUGUGGUUUGCUGUCAACUUUGGCUGAUCCGAUCGUGCUCCUGCGUGGUGGGUGCAUGCUCUGUGUUGGCCAUGCAUGCUACCUAUGUAUCCUCUUCUGCUUUUCGUAACUCGUAAGCCACAUGCAUGUUGCUGUGUGUCCACAACUAUGUGGCAGAAAUAAAACUAAAUUUCCCGUGUC